ACGUGCGGUGUUUGUAAACACCGUUGAACACACCUCCAUCGGAAACAAUUCGAUUAGAUUGCAAAACAAAGGAUUGGUGAUAAUGUGUCGGUAUAAAUUCCUGUAAAUGGGAACGUUGCCAGGUAGUCGUGUUAUUAAUUCGACCAUACAUUCUACCGAACCAGUUUCUAGACGUGUACACACGCCGAAGGUUAGAGUGACCUCCCUUCAAGAACGAAUCGAAGAUGGCGGCGUUGAGAGGACAGGUAACAAGACUCAUCAUCAACUCUGGGAGGAGGUCAAUAAGGAGCUAUACAGUUGCCAGCUCAUUCAGAUACAAUGACUUGAAGGUGACGCUGACCGAUGACCCACAGCCCAAGCCCCCGACUGACAAGUUGGUGUUCGGACACCACUUCACCGACCACAUGCUGGAGGUGGCGUGGAGCAAGGAAGGGGGAUGGAAGGCGCCGGAGAUCGUUCCUGUCCAUGAGUUCAAGAUGCACCCUGCCGCCAAGGUUCUUCACUAUGCUACAGAGCUGUUCGAAGGGAUAAAGGCCUUCAGGUGUGUGGACAACAAGAUCCGGAUCUUCCGGCCCAUCGAAAACAUGAAGAGAAUGAACAGAUCUGCAGAAAGAUCAGCUCUGCCUACUUUUGACAGUGUUGAGCUGAUCAAGUGUAUUAGCAAGCUGGUCAGUAUCGACAGCGAGUGGGUGCCCUAUUCCAAAGACUGCAGCCUCUACUUGAGACCCACUCUCAUCGGCACCGACCCGACGCUGGGUGUGACUGUAAGCAACACGGCUCUCCUGUACGUUCUGCUGGGCCCUGUUGGACCCUACUUCCCCACUGGCCUCAAGCCCAUCACACUCCUUGCGGACCCCCAGUAUGUUCGAGCCUGGCCCGGCAGCUGUGGAGAGUACAAGAUGGGAUCGAACUACGGUCCAACCAUUGCCAUCCAGGACAAGGCACUGAAGGAGAACAACGCCCAGCAGGUGCUCUGGCUGUUUGGACCUGACCACCAACUGACAGAGGUUGGCACCAUGAAUCUCUUCAUGUACUGGAUCAACGAGAAGGGAGAGGAUGAGCUGAUCACUGCUCCCUUGGACGGCCUCAUCCUGCCGGCCGCCACUGGCAUGAGUCUCCUGGAUCUGGCCAGAGAGUGGGGAGAGUUCAAGGUGACAGAGGAUAGAUACAACAUGAAGCAGUUGCUGAAGGCCCUCCAAGAAGGAAGGGUGAAGGAGAUAUUCGGUGCAGGCACGGCAAGCACAGUGUGCCCAGUGGAUAAGAUCCUGUACAACAACCAGGUGCUGGAGAUCCCGACCAUGAAGGAGGCUAAACUCACCAACAGGUUCAUGUCCGUACUCACCGAUAUCCAGUUGGGCCGCAAACCUCAUGAGUGGAUGCUGGAUGUGGAUGAUGUUGAGGAAGAUGAGAAAAUGGGAAUGAAGGCCUGAGUUGUCUCCCUUUUCACUUUGCAAAUCGGAGUGAUCUCCCCUCUGUACACAGUCUCUUGAUAUUGUCACUGUUAGAGACACUGUUAUACAUAGAGAACAAAUGCCACUAGUUGACAAUUGUCUCAGUUUUGGUCAACACUGAAUGUCUUAAUUUCAAUAUUCAUGAAGGUUCUUGCACUCAAAAAUGGAACCCAUUCCUUCAUAUAUGUAUAGAUGUUCAAAUUUUAAUAUAUUUUAAGUAUACAUUUCAUGCCUGUGUUGGCUGAUAAUACCGUUAUUGAUCAAAUGGUUGACAUGUGUCAUCAGGGAUGACCUCAAAUGUCUCGGUUGAACGAAUCUCAAAUAUGUGAUCCAUCUAUUUAGCAUUGGAUAUUGGUGUAAGUAUACAAGGUGGGGUGCUAUUUAGGUCAAUUACGGUAAUCAAAUGUUGUUUAGAGACAAUUUAAUGUGCUCCUUGCAGAGUACAAACUCUACAUUGACCGGAAAUAUUGAUCUUUUAUAUUUUUAUGUGUGUUUUACUUGAUAGAAUCUCUACGCGUUUCAUGACUGAGGGUGAUACUCCGUGUAAUAUUUGUACAAAAUGGAACAGGUGUGUAUAUAGUUGGGAUUGAUUUUAUUUUGUUUCCAUAGCAACUAUUUUGCGUCUGUAUUUUUGGUUGCCAGAGACUAUUUUGACUUGUUUUUGUUUCCAUAGCAGCUGUGGUUUCUUUUAUUGAUGAGUGUUAUUAUUUAGUUUUGAUGUGGUGCACUUUGGACCAAGGGUAUUGCGGGGCCAUCUUGAUGCAAGUAUGAUGCAGAAAGGGACUCAAGAUCGACGAAUGAGGCCAUGGCCUUAGAUUUUCGAAGUUCUCUUAGCACUAAGAUAGUCGUAAGUUAAUGUCAAUUUAUGGCACUUACGACUAUCUUAACGGUAAGAUAGCUUCAAAAUCUAGGCCUGUGAAUCUUCAAGUGGUGUGAAUCCCCAAUCACUCAGCAGUGUUGUAACAUGUCACAGUGGUUACAGGCUGGGACAUCUUUUCUGCAGCAUCUGUUGGAGGUGAGGGAUUGAUGCCGUGACAAUAUGAACCGUAACAUCUGUUCUAUGCCAUAGGGUGAUGUUACGUUGUAAUACAGUCAUUACCUGUAACAUCUGUUCUAUGCCAUAGGGUGAUGUUAGGUUGUAAUACAGUCAUUACCUGUAACAUCUGUUCUAUACCAUAGGGUGAUGUUACGUUGUAAUACAGUCAUUACCUGUAACAUCUGUUCUAUACCAUAGGGUGAUGUUAGGUUGUAAUACAGUCAUUACCUGUAACAUCUGUUCUAUGCCAUAGGGUGAUGUUAGGUUGUAAUACAGUCAUUACCUGUAACAUCUGUUCUAUGCCAUAGGAGUGAUGUUAAGUGAUGUUGGGUUGUAAUACAGUCAUUACCUGUAACAUCUGUUCUAUGCCAUAGGGUGAUGUUAGGUUGUAAUACAGUCAUUACCUGUAACAUCUGUUCUAUGCCAUAGGGUGAUGUUAGGUUGUAAUACAGUCAUUACCUGUAACAUCUGUUCUAUGCCAUAGGGUGAUGUUAGGUUGUAAUAAAGUCAUUACCUGUAACAUCUGUUCUAUGCCAUAGGGUGAUGUUACGUUGUAAUAAAGUCAUUACCUGUAACAUCUGUUCUAUGCCAUAGGGUGAUGUUAUGUUGGAACACUGCCAUUACCUGUAACAUCCGUUGUGGGUAAUGUUACACUGCCAUGUCAUCUGUUACACUGUAACACUCCCAUGACCUGUAACAUCUGUACUUGAUGGCUGUAACUGCAUCCCGGCUUCAUCACGUGCUCCCCACAGUAACAUACAGACAUCUGUCUCUCGUCACGUUGUUUUAUUUUGUUUUAAACCGAGUGCCAUUGAAGAUUAUCAUAUCAAUAUAUUGGUUGCUGAAUCUCCGUUGUUGUUGACAUUACCUUAGUUCCAGUUAUCCCGUUAGGUUGCCAUAACGAUGUACGCGUUCUUAGUAUUCUAUGCAUGUAUUCAGUUUCAAUAUUCGGUUCUCAUAUCACGAGCAUAUUCCGUUGUCCAUGACAGACUCUAGACAUGUUUUUGAAUGACCAACCAACAACCACUGGCUGUUAAUCUGACCUAGGUCCCGAUCCACUAAACGUUUGUAGCACUAGGACAUUCGUAAGCUUAGGGAUCGUUCAUAAUAUAUGGCUAGGGGGUGAUGAUGAUUUUUAUUGAGAAGCAUGUACAAUGUGAGUGACUCACCUGAAAUUUAUGUACAAAGUAAGUCACACACCACCCCUGCAUGUCAUGUACAAAAUCAAUGACCACCCUUCCCUGUUCCCAAAUUUUUUUAAUAUUCUUUUGUACAAAAUUGCUGCCCCCCCUAGUUAAUGUGCACAUAUUUGAUAACCCCCCUACAUCCCCAGAACAAAAUGGGUGACCCCCCUUAAAAUCAUCAUCCCAACACACACACACAUGCGCACGCACGCACGCACGCACGCACUACACACACACAAAUAAUAAUAAUAAUAAUGAACAGUCCCUUAUGGUAAACUAAAGAGUUAUGACCAGUUGUAACUUUACGAAGACUUUUGGGAAUCGGGACCCAGACCAUCACAGCCAGUGUGCAUGGAUGGCCUGCCAUGCAUUGACUGAUCUUCCAAUGUAUUGCCUAUACUGCUCACCAGAAAUAAGGGAACAACAUACUUCACAAAUCCUGUUUAUAGAAGGUCAUCUUAUCCAAAUUAACAUAUCUGAAUUAUUAAUAAGCAUGACCUCCGUGAAGGAUAAUUCUUGUUGACUGUUCCCUGAUUAGAUGAAGAAGUUUUAAUGAUUCUGAUAAUAAUGGACCGAUUCCACCCUCGAUUACAUUUAGAUGUCAAUGGAUCAGUAUCCAAUCAAAUUCUGUUCUCAGCUUCCUUGUGCAUCCGAGACUGUAAAAUUGAUGAAGUGCCAGAAGGCAGACUCUGACAUCCUUCCAUCCAGAUCCUGGGAAAUGUUCCCUUAUUUUUGGUGGUCAGUAUAUAUGUGUAUCCCUCCUGUUGUUUUGUACUUUCAGCCCUGAGACCUAAAACACUUAGGACAGUUGCCUAGAUGUAAAUGACAGAGAUUAGUCUUUGAGCCCUUCCACAGGAUGUGGUUUUUAUGUCAACAAAUCAAAAUGUUACUUAAUUAGUCUAGUCAUAAUAUGGAUGUUUUUUUGCCAUUUGUGUUGUCUGAAAAAUUCAGCGACAUCUUCAGCCAAAUGUAACACCUUUGAGAUUAUAGAUUCGUGAAAGGUGCAGGUGGCCUUGAUGUCUAAGGUGCCGCAGUUUACUGAGAGUUGCUUCCCUUGGGCCAGCAGAGACCUGGGCACUGUUUCACAAAGCUAUUCGCAGUGCUAGGACUGUCGUAACCCCUAUACUGUAACAUAGAUUUACGACAGUCGUAGCGCUACAAUAGCUUUGGGAAACGGGACCCUGUUGUCGUGGCUUCAGAUCCCGGUUGGCUCCCAUUGUUUCUAGGUUUGUUAGCAAAUGGUAAAUGUUUAGGACCUGCAUAACUCCAAAUCUUCUCCCACAUCUGCCUGACAUGAGCUGGUGUAACUGGAAUACUGUCCAAAGCACACAUGUAAUCAGCUAGCGUUGACUUGCUUCUUCCUGUUUCACAUGGUUGUCGAUCACAGUAUAAACACAUACAACAGGACAAUAUUAUUGUCAGACAAUUUCUGGUACCUUCUGUCACUGUAUCCUAAUUUUAAUAUUAAUAUGACUUAAUGUGUUAUUUGCCAAAAGAGAUAUAUACUAAGAGAAAAAAAUAAAGGAACAGGAAAAUUCAAGCGUUCCUUUAAUAUUUUCCAGUUUUCAUCACAACUUCGAAUAACGCUGUGGAAGGAAAUCUGAGAAUAAAUAAAGGAACACUGCCAUGAUGUGGUGUUCCCUUAUUUUUUUUUCUCAGUAUAUUUUUUAAUGCAGUUACGGUACUGAACAAAAUGUGAUAUAUACAACUUGAAUGAACCUGUCUGAUAUCUGCUGUGAAAAUUCAGUAUUAGUUACCAUGGUGAUGGAAGAGUGUGUGAUUUUAACUAUUAUAAUGUUGCUUUGUGGCUUUUUUCAAAUCAGCUGAUCAAUAUAUUGCAGUGUAUGUUCUGGUACUUAGCUAUCGAGAAUGAAAUAUUUGAAGAGUUACUUCCCUAGAUAACAUGUGGCCAUCGCUUUGUUCUUCAUAAUUCUAUCUCAGGUUAUUCUGUUCUUUGUUUGUUAUAUCCCAGCUUAUUAGUAUUAGUAUAAGUAUUGUUUUAAGCCAUAUGAAUGAUUACAACAUUUUUAUAUAUAUCAUAUUUUUUCUCUGAUGAUUAUCUGGUCAGAGAUGCCAAUAACUGGAGCUUACUGUUAACAAGUGCAUCUUGCUGGUAACAAAGGCAUAUUGCUGGUAACAAAGGCAUAUUUUUGGUAACAAAGGCAUAUUUCUGGUAACAAAGGCAUAUUGCUGGUAACAAAGGCAUAUUUCUGGUAACAAAGGAAUAUUGCUGGUAACAAAGGCAUAUUUCUGGUAACAAAGGCAUAUUUCUGGUAUCAAAGGCAUAUUUCUGGUAACAAGUGCAUCUUGCUGAUAACAAAGGCAUAUUUCUGGUAACAAAGGCAUAUAUCUGGUAACAAAGGCAUAUCGCUGGUAGCAAAAGCCUAUCUCUGGUAACAAAAUCGUAUCACUGGUAACAAAAGCAUAUCACUGGUAACAAAUACAUAUUGCUGGUAACAACAGCAUAUCUCUGGUAACUAAGGAAUAAAGCUUUUAACAAAAGCAUAUCUCUGGUAACAAAGGCAUAUCGCUGGUAACAAAAUCAUAUCGCUGGUAACAAAGGCAUAUCUCCUGUAACAAAAACAUAUCUCUGUAACUAAGAUAUAUGACUGGCAUUCAUAUAGGACAGUCCAAUAUCAGUUACAAUAAACAGUUUCUAACAUGGAUUGAUAGCAAAUGUAACACCUCAGUACUGAGGUAUUAGUCUCUUCCUGGAGGAAAUACCUACCCGUAUACAGUUUACAUUUUGGUUUCAGAAAAAAUCUGAAAAUAGAUAUAAUUAUGAGUAAUUAAUUGUCAGGAUGUUCUUACACAUGGAUGACAAAGAUAUUAUCAAAAUCAGUGUGGUACUGUAAACAUCAAACCAGCAAGAAUUUACUGUCUAAUGUAUGAAUAUAUAUGCUGCAUUUAAUAUUAUGUCUCUUUUGACAAUUUUAACUUCAAUUUGUUCAGAAUACAAACAAGAAAAAAAACCGACAUUGGACAAAAAUACUGACCUUGACAUAUGACUAUGUAACCAUGGUAACAGUUUUUGUUCUCUAUAGCAACAACUGAUGAAUCUCGCAGUAUUUUUUCGGAGUGUUUCCUUUUUCCUCCAUAUUGUAUUAUCAGACUUUUCCUUUUUCACAGGCAGCUUUUGAGCACUUCAUUAUUUUGCACUUAUGGUGUAUGAAUGUAAUUGUACAGAAUGUGAGAUAUUGUGGUCCUAGUCCGUGACAGUUCCGGAACGGAAUAUAAGUACUUGGAAUAUACAUAUAUAUAUAAAAGUUAAUAUGUUGUUAGGACUGGGAACAAACGUAGAAGAAAUGUUUGACAUACUCAAAUGUUUAAGAAUACCAGAUUUUUCAUAUGACAGUGACUGAUUAACUGAGUGAAAUGAAUUAUUUGGACAUAAGGAAGAGAGUCUUUUAUGGAUGUCAACUUCUUUAUUAUGAGGAACACGAUGUUUCAGAGUAUAUCCUUACUACUUCAUCAGAUGACAUCCAUAAAAGACCCUCUUCCUCAUGUGUAUCACUUCUUUAUGCCAUUUAAAGAAAUGAUUUUAACGUUCUUUAAUUUCUCUUGAGUAUUAUGUACUUAUUCCAGAUUCCUGCUGGACCACAUUUGUCCUCUUCAUCCAAUUUCAAAACUCAUUUUGAUCAAAAACUGCAGCAUGAAAAUGGGAACAAAAGGAUGUGAUAGAUGUGGACAAAAGGAUGUGAUAUGACAUCAGUUUUCUUUUUCAACCGUUUCUCACUCGUUUCCAGUCCCUGCAACACUUGUUUCUUAUUGUUACCAUAGCAACCACGUUCCUGUAAUUGUUCUCCACCGUAGGGGUCACAUGGGUUCAAAUCCCUAGUGGAACUAACUUUGGUCCAAGGAACUAAUCUCAUGAAUAAUGUACAUGUGUAUCUAUGAAGAUCUCUUUGAUUUUAUGCAGUAUUUUGUUAUAAAAAUGUUUUGCUUACAUUUUACACGUUUCAGCAUAUCAUUUUUUAUCUGCGAAGCUUCGAGCUAGCAUGACAUUUUUCUCUGCACGUAAAAUCUUCAUCGACCAUCGAAACUAGACUGCUUUGGUCUUAUAUACAAAAACAAUGUACGAAGAAAUGCACGUUUUAAUUUAUGAACCAUCCAACUCAAAAUAAUUAAAUGUGAAAAAAGUAUUAAAAAGUGAAAAGCAGUUAUUCCCAAACAGAAGUUAGUAAUCUGUUAUGAAAACAAACUUAAAUAGUGUUGCCAUCAGCAUGAAAAAAAUAUGAAAAGUAUGCUAAUUAAAACGUGUUGAAAAUCCCGUCCACUACUUAAUAUUGAGGAAGUAAAAAAUGUAUUUAAAAUUUGAUAUUUUAAAUCAUAUAUAUUUAUUCGAAUAUUUUGCUCCGGUGUCUGUAAACAAAGAAAGAAAAUACAAGUUAAGAGGUCUGUUGUUAUGUACUUGCACAAACAAUUGUGGGCUGUGUGAUAGCUGAAUGGUUAGAAUGUUCUGUAUUUUGUUGUUUGGUAACUUCUGAAAUUGGUACUGUGUGUGUGUGGCGUGUUCACUGUAUUGAUAUUCCUAGAAUAUUUCCUAAGGUUUCAUUAGACCUAACUCAAGUACUUUAACAAUAUUGAGUUUAUACACUCUAAGGAAUGGUUGGAUUUGGGAGAUGCUGAUUGCUUGGGUAGUUUCUUGCCCUGUUUGAGAUUACAGUGUCUUGUAGUGAUAUUUGAAAUAAAUGUGUAACCAA